UUGGGAAGAACUUCAAUAUCCAGAAUCCUUUGUAUGCCACAGGUCCAUUGUCAUUGGCUACAGCGGGCGAUCUUGUUGGGAACGCUGCAUGUGAGUGUAGUUCUGGGAGGAAGCUAUUCUCAGAAUCUACACUAAUCAGAAAAAGGAAGUUAACAGUGGCUUUGUUUCAAGAUGAUUGAUGGCACCAGGAGCAAGGUGACAUGCAGGACCUGAGGCAGAAAAACUAAAGGAACGAUGCUUCUGGUGGAAAGAGCCUCCUGCGACGAAGUGUUGAGGCUGAGGACAUCAAAUGAAAAAUCGACUUCGAGCAACAAGGAGACCGGUGGCAUGGAGAACAAGGCAAAUGGCUCAGUGGACAUCAAAAACCCUGUGGAGAAUGGGCAGCUCCCUGACCCUCAGGAAUGGGCUGUAUCAGAUGUCGUCAAUUAUUUUAAAGCCGCAGGAUUUGAGGAGCAAGCCAUUGCUUUCCAGGACCAGGAAAUUGAUGGCAAAUCCCUGCUGCUAAUGACUCGGAACGAUGUCUUGACCGGGCUUUCGAUAAAGCUGGGGCCCGCGCUUAAAAUUUAUGAGUAUCAUGUAAAGCCUCUUCAAACGCAGCACAUGAAGAACAGCACGUCGUAGCAUGGCAACACAGGGCCUGGGGCACGGCGCUGUCUGUCGCAACACAGGUCUCCAGUGAGGAAGACAAUCAUUGAAGGAGUUGACAAGGUAAUCCCAAAUCUCAAAUGAGGAAGAAAGAAGCAAGGCUCAUCUGUUAGUGGAUGUGUGUCUUAUGCAAUUUUACUUGAAGUUCAAAGAAAAGCAUUUUGUGUGCUUUCUAGCCAUUCACAAGACUUGCGGGCCUGUGAUUUUGCAGGUCAAUGGCUUUGACCUGCUGCGGUUUCCAGAUUUUAUUCAAAGGACUGUAGAGGAAAGCUUCUGCUGGAGAAUCUGCCUUGCCGCUGUUCUUUCUCUACACCAGCUGGCUCUGAAUUUUGGGACUACCGUGAAAGGGGACAGUCCUUGCAAAAUUUGUUUUUGUUUUGACCAAAGUGGAUCAAAAUCCUGUAUUUAGCUUGCCUCUUAACUUCUUCUGGAAAGAUUUCCGGUUGGUGGUGGUGGGGAGGGGUCUGUUUUCUUUAAAAGGUAUUAAUGUGAAUCGGUUACAUUGUUACAUACAAAUGUGAUUUCUAAAAUACCAUGUGAUUUCAUUGAAAUACAACAGUGUAUUAAUUUCAUUUGUGUGUGUGUGUGUGGGGGGGGGUCACAUUCAUAGAAAAAUAAUCAGUUCUGAUCUGUCAAAUCAUUUAUAUUCAAAGGCAAACAUAUUAAUAAAAACUCAAUUUCAAGCAGUUGUUCAACAGCCUGAAGCAAUGGACUACAUAAAACUGAAUGUUCUUAGUCAAGGAAUGUUCUGAAUAGUGUUGGACUAACUCUCCAGUUUGAAAGACUGUCCUGCUUGAGAAAAUACAUUAAAUUACGAUCGUUAAUUUUGGGACUAUGUUUGUCACACUACCAUUGUACAUACCAUCUAAUACUGUUUCAGGAGAUGAAAUGGAGUGCAAGCCACUGUAUAGUCAAGUGUAUAAAGGAGAAUGCUGAAUACAAAACCUUUUUACUUGACAUCUGAGGACUUUUUAUAUUUUAGAAAAGAAAAAAAUAUAAAAAAAUCAAAAUUUAUCAAAUUAAAAAUACAAAGCAAACAAAAACAUACUUGUGCACCUACUUCCUUUGCAAGUUAUAACUGUAUAUAACAUGGGCAGCAUUAUACCUAAUAUUUGUUGGAAGAAUUUGUCAUAUCUGGAGUUUUAUUUUUACAAAUGCUAUGGUUUUUAACCAUUGAGAAGAAAGUAGUGCUUAUAAAACUUUCAGAGUUAAAAAGCAUUAAUUCUGGCUUUUAGCUAAAAUUGUAAACGUUUCUGCUACUUUUUAUUACUAGUGGUGCUUUAAUGGCCUAAAGGGGUAUUCUGUAUUUUGCCUGAGCUACAGGAUUGCUCCUCACAUGAAUGACUAUAAUGUACCUCAGGCUGUAGGGACUUUGUCUUUGAACACAGGAAAAAAA